AUGAUAGACAAGCUGAUGAUUGAGAUACCAUUAGUUGAUGCAGUCAAUCUUUCACCUGCACUAAGGAGGUAUGUUAAGAGAAUGGUUGUGAAUGGUGUGAGUCCUGAGGAAGGAGCAUUGCUUACCAAAGACAUUAGUGAUGUUCUCUUGAACACAGUCCCAAAGAAGAAGAAGGUGAUGGUCUCUGAACAAGUCAGUGCUAUAAUUCAGAACAAGAUUCCAGAGAAGCUACCUGAUCCAGGAAACUUUGUGCUAGAUUGCUCUAUCUCAACAAGCAGGUUUCCUCAUUCUCUUUGUGAUCUAGGUUCCAGUGUAAACUUGAUGCCUCUCUCUGUUGCUGCUAGACUUGGAAUGACUGAUUUCAAGCCAACUAGGAUCUCUCUUAUCAUGGCUGAUCGAUCUAAAAGAAUCCCACAAGGUGUCUUAGAGAAUGUUCCACUUAAAAUUGAAGGUCACUUGAUUCCCACAGACUUUGUGGUUUUGGAAUAUGCUGAAGAACCUAUAGAUCCUCUUAUCUUGGGAAGAUCCUUCUUAGCUACAGCUGGUGCUAUCAUUGAUGUGAAGAAAGGGAAGAUAGAGCUUGAUUUGGGUGAUUUAGUCAUGAAUUUGACAUGGACAAACUAA